AUUUUUUGUUUCCGAAACUCUUCAGUUUUAGGUAACACCGGCUCCAAGAUACUUUUGGGUGAUAUCAUCUCUGAUGACGAGACUCUAAGGUUUAUAACUCAAGACCCAAGAGGCCGCAACGCUAUUAAUUACCCUCACAGUCUGUGGCCUGCGAAUACCGUGCCGUAUAUUAUAGACAGUAGCAUAGGUAAGUAUUGUAUACGUAUUGUAUUAUACACAUGUGCUGUUUCUUAAACUUAACCCAAACGAUUUUCAGAAAUUUUCAAGACUCUCUCAAGGAGCAAAUUUUUGCGACUAUUGAGGUUCGCGGAGAAGAGAGAACCUAUUUUUAGAGAUGACGGAGUGGGGGUGGUCUGAAAUGUCGUCCUUUUCUUUGCCCCACCCGGCAACGGGAGUGAAACCAAGGGGGGGGGGGGGGGGGGGGGGGGGGGGGGGGGGGGGGGGGGGCAAAGAGGCAGAUGACACUUCAGACUUGCUGAAGUGUGCUGGAUAUUACUGAAAGAUUUGAGUACAUUUCGAGUGGAAAAAUGAUACAUUUGUUCCUUGUUUAUUGUUUCUUGUUUAUUGCUAUAUACAGAACAACAAGGCAUUCAAGCAAUCAACGAUGCAAUAAGCGACUAUCACAAAUACACUUGCGUGAAAUUUGUGGCCAGGACCACUCAAAGAAAUUAUGUAAGGUUCUUCCAGGGGACCGGGUAAGCAAUGCUGUUAUAAUGAUGUUCGCCUUUGUUGGACUAAUGUUGUGUAUAUGCACCAAAAGAUUUAAUUUCAUUCAUAUAUCAGAGAAUUUUGACGAGUGCAUCAUCGCGCAUUAACAAAAUAAAAGCCGUGGCCAAUAAAAGAGCUGAAGCUCGCUGAAGAUCUCGAUCUACAUGAUCCAUCGUGAUUCUGUUACAUGUUUUGGGUCAGUGUAUUGAGGCGAAAAAAUAGUUAUAGGGAAGUUAGGAUUAGGGAUUACAGAACCUUCAAGUCGCUAAAUUAUCUAUUGUUUCCCCGUGAUUGACAGGUGCUCGUCAUCGGUGGGUCGCACAGCUCGAGGUGAACAGAAAGUGAAUCUACACCGAUAUUGCUGGACCAAAGGAAUUGUAAUCCAUGAACUUGCACACGCUAUCGGCUUCUUCCACGAGCAGUCGCGUUCAGAUAGAGACAGUUACGUCAAGAUCCUGUACGAGAAUAUUGAAAAAGGUCAGUCUGAACAGCACAGAGAUCACGCGCCUUUGAUGUUAAUUCACUACUGUCUAGGGGGGCCUGGUAUGAACCCUUGUAUUAUGGGGAAACAACACGACGACCCACAUAGGCAGAAAGAGAAAACAGAGAUCCGGAAAAUCUACAAGUUUGGUGUUUAUCGGGCUUAUGUUGAACGAGAAACAGCCUUUCAAAAACUCCAAUAUUGACUAAGAAAUCUAUAGACGUCCAGACAGUUUAUCUUGCAAUCUGGAAAAUUUUCAAGUUCUGAAAUAGCUUAAAAGUUGGCCCGAUUAACACCAAACUUGAGAAUUUUGCAAAUUGCGCUGCUCUUUUUCUGACUAUAUGGGUCAUGUGUUGUUUGUCUCAUAACGCAUAGACUGGUAUCCAGCCCCCCUUGGUUUGAAUUAGGCAAUACGCCACUUCCAUAUUUCCCAUAAUUCACUUUAUUUGCCCCCCAAAAUUUUGCAUAACCUUUGUUUUUCAUUUUUCCUGGGUAUUACAAUCGUCCCAAUAGAAAUUGAAAACAAUGCUUAUGCAAAAGUUUGGGUGGCAAAUUAGGUGCAUUAUAGGAAAUGUGGAAGUGGCGUAUAGCCAUGCCAAAAAUUGCCCUAUCAUUUUGUCUACAAUUUAGAAGUCUGUAAUUAUUAUUCAUUUACUGAGGGGUGGCACUAGGAUUUAGGAAACUUGGUUGCUUGCUAAAUCCAGCCAAUUUCUUUUGUUCCGCAGACAGAGAAAACAAUUUUGACAAAUUCGCCCAAGGCAAAAUACUACACCUAGGGGAACCGUACGACUAUGGGAGCAUAAUGCAUUAUGGGACACAUGCAUUCAGCAGCAAUGGAAAACCUACCAUCACCACACUUCAGACUGGAGGCGCUCAAAUUGGUCAGCGGGAGGCACUCAGUGCCAACGAUAUUCGGCAGAUCAACAAGCUGUACAAAUGUCCAACUGGUAGGUCAUUCCUAUCCUAAGGUUUCCUGUGAGCAAGCACUUGUCAGGGUGGUUUAGAAAUGAGUACGGAGGCCGACUCCCAAUUUCACUUGGGAAAGAGAAUUACACUAUCGAUAACCAGACAGUCAAAGAAAUAAAACGAUGAAGACAAUGGGAAAUAACAAAACAAACUUCUCCUUAAGGCGCCAAAGAUUUUCCACCGCGCUAAGACUGUUUGACUGUUCUUUUUAUUACUAUUUUUUUUUUUCAGAAACAGUCACUCCCCCUAGCCCAGGAUCAAGUACAGUAGGUGUGUAUUACGUUUGUCAUAGUAUCUUAAGACUGCAUGUAGACUCUAAUUUUCUCUUCGCCAAGGCAAUACGGAAAGACGCAAAAAUCUGGAGCAAAAACUUGUAUUUUUCACCGGCACUCUUUAUCCCCUCGGAAUCAGCAAAUACUUUUCGUUCAACUAAUUUAUUCCUAUUGUUUACUUGACAAUGUUCCUACCACCAUGCAAUAACAUAGCUUCAACAACUGAUGGGAAGGCUUUAGUAAAAUUAAGUGUAAACAAUAAUAAACUUAUGAUCGCGAGAGACUACAACUGAUAGGACCAAACUCCUCGCGACAAAAGCUUAUGCCCAGUUUGUGAUUCCAAUGAAAUGCAGGGACACCCAACGAGAAAAACCACUUAAACAUAGCAUUGUUGAACGUAUUUUAAUAUUUAAAAGGUAGACAUGGGCAUAUUUUUAUCCCCUAAAAAAUUUUUUCAUCUGUUCGGAUUUCCUAGCUGAAAGUCUAGUGAUCCGAAAAUUAUAGGGACCAAAACUUACGUUUUCGAAAAUUUUAGCCAGAAAAAAGGCUCCCGAAAAUUCUAGGUGACCUUUUUAGGGUAAAAACCCGUUAGAAAUUGGCAAUUAUACCAUUUUUUAGAUGUCCGAAAAUCCUAGGAGAGGCAGGCAAGCAAGAAAUUUUAGAACAAAUGUUCCGAAAAUUUUAGAUCUUUAAUCGCCGUCGUACAGACAUUUUCCGAAAAUUGACGUUUUGUGACCCUGAUAACUAUCUUCGGAGUUCAUCAGUUUUAUCACCAGGUCCUGCCAUAUAAACAUUGUCUAAUUGUUUUAACAAUUUUUAAUUCCUUUUUGCAACAGUGUAUUGUAACUUUGACCAUGGGUCGCGGUGCGAUUUCACUCAAGAUACUCAAGAUGAUUUUGAUUGGACAGUCCACCAAGGUGCCACACCCAGCGGGGAGACUGGGCCUAGUUCAGAUAUGUCUGGAAAAGGUAUCAAAAACUUUCAUUCUUCAAUUUUGAUUGUAUAAGAUAAUAAGCUACCCUGAGAAUGAAUAUAAUUAUAUUCUGAACAAAUUGUGAAAAAUAAUGAGAAAUGGGUAUCGUAGGUUAGGUGACAUAUAAUACAAAUAGCGACAAAUGGGAAAAAUAAUGACAAAUCGUAACGAAUGGAAGCAAAUUGGGGACGCAUGGCGACAAACGAUGACAAAUGGCGAAAAACGGAGGCAAAUGAUUACCAGUGGUUGAAACAUGGUGGCCAAUAGUGAUCAAUAGAGGCAAAUGGUGAUGAACUUGAGAGAAAUGAAACGGCGACAGAAAGUCUGGGCUCCUGAAGGUGACCAAUAGCGAUUUAACUUCGUAAUUUGUUUAAUUAUUCGAAUUUUUGCUUGGAUGGCUACUUUUCAGGUUGGUAUAUCUAUGCUGAGUCAUCUCAGCCUCGUGUUGAGGGCGAUCGUGCCGUCUUACUCAGCCCAAGCCUGGUGGGACCGUACUGCCUCCGGAUGCAUUUCCAUAUGAUGGGUACAGACAUUGGUUCUCUAAAUGUCUACAAGAUCACAGCCUCAAGCAGAACCACAGUCUUAUCGACCAGCGGAAACAAAGGUGAUAAGUGGUAUAUGGCCCAGUCUUCCCUGACAGGUUCAGAGCAAUUUAAGGUGAUUAAACAUUGAUUUGUUCAAUAAACAAGAUGUUCUUGUUAAUUAACCCUUUAAUUCCUAAUAGUAACCAACAUUAAUUUUAAAGAGGAGAACUCCCCUUCAGCGCUUCCAUUAGAAACAAUGCACACCAGUGAACGUUUGUUUGUGGCUCUAUAAAGGGUAUUCCAUUACCAUAGAAGGGGGCACUCCCAUGUAUAUAGGCUAGAUAUGGUAUGGUUUUGGAGGGACUUGAUCCUUGAAUAGAGUAUUAUUCUUGCCCUUGUUGACAUUGAGUUCCCAGUAUGUUCCUUGAUAGGGUUCCCAAAUUUUAUCAGCUAAAAUUUAAGCGCGUAAAUACACGAAAAUCAAAAUCUGUUAGUAUUAUGAAAGCGAUUUGAUGAAGGUUUGUAAGCUACCAUUAAUUUCUAAUCCUUUGUUUUUCCCUUGAAAAGGAAGGGUCUUUCAAAUAGGGGUAGAUUUCGGUUGUUCUCACCCUAAAAAAUUAUGGGGUCAGGAUUUAAGACCCCGGGCGGCACACACAUAUCGGAAAAUUGUGGGAGAACUCCCGGCCCCAUUACGGACUAAACGAGUUCGAUAGUACUUUAAGAACCUAAUAGACGUCUCCUUUGUACGACAGAUCGCGUUUGAAGCUGUCCGAGGUUAUAGCUAUAGAGGAGAUAUUGCCCUAGAUGAGAUUAAACUAGCUCCAGGAGGAUGUGAUACCCCGGCGACUGCGGCCCCUUCAACCACCACGCAAACUGUUCUGCCAACCACCACGUCCAAACCACCCGUACGCAGUGAAGGUAAGAGCAAAUUAAACUUUAAGAUCCUUCACCUUUAUUUUCGGCAGACGAAAAAAGUCAAAGUCAUGUAUAUUUACACUUAUAUUCACUUAUGUAUUGGACAUAAACAUUCUGUUAUGUUAUAUUAUUUAACUUAUACAUAAACGAUGUAAACUAUAGGUGCAGUGUCUCGAACCUGCCACUAAGACUAUAUGCCUAUGACACUACCGGAUAUAAUUCUGAUGCUUCGUCUUAAGCUCUACAGUUCUUGAUCAAAAAGAACUUGUCGACGUUGUCUACAUGGCUCGAACAAAAUUUACUCUCAAUUAACAACAAGCUAUGAUCCUUGGCUCAUCGACAUACAAGUAUGACCUUUACAUCUACUCUCACUAGGAGUGACGUUACGUUGGUAGGAAGAUUUCCUACAAGGAACCUAUUUCGGCACAGUUACAGAGAACUUAUUUCAAGACCUCAGCCUUUAAACGAAUAUCUCGCUUUGUUCUCUUGAACGCUAUGAUUCUCCUGUAUAAAACGUUUCUAGUUCCGCAUUUAGAAUAUUGUAAAACAGUUUUAGUUGGUCUUGGUACAAAGCGAUGGACUCGAAGAUGCUAUAGCUACAUAUUAUAUCUUAAGAACUCUAUUUAGAACUACGAAUGAAGGCUACGAAAUCUUACUGAAUCUCAUAGGCAUGAAUACUUUGAAAGACCGUCGUUAUUACCAAGCUCUGGUGUUGAUUUACAAAUGUCUUAACUCAAUAGGUCCAAAGUACAUUGCCGAUUUUCUGAAUUUAAGGGAAGUUAUAAUCUAAGGUGCAACUUGGUACAGCCUCAUUUUACUACUGAGUGGAUGCAUCAAUCCUUUUCAUUUAUAGCUAGGAAGCGGUGGAAUAAGCUACCGCUAUACAUUAGAAACUCCAAUAAUCUUAAUUUGUUUAAAAAGGCUCCUCAAAAGUUCAAUUUAGAAUCUUUAAACUAGUUUUUGUCUUGCACAUGUUAUUAGGUUAUUUCAUCAUUUAUUACUAAUCUGUAAUCUAUUUUAUUCCUUGCUAUCAUAGCUUGUGACCUUUUUCUGAAUGUUCAUGUCAAAUUGUAGCUCUUUUUUAAAUGAUAGACUUUUAUCUAAUGGCAUUUUUUGUGUAAUAGAGGUUAGUUCUUGAGUAGUAAGUUACAGUUUUUUUGUUUUACUUAAUAGGUUUUUAUAUAUUUUUUUUCUACACGUGCACGUCCGUAUGAGUGUUUCUUAACUCUUAGGUGUUUACGUGUAAAAAGAAGCAUACAGAACACCCUCAGAACAAACUAAUGACACACAAAAAAGAAGAGUUUCAAAGUCUAACAACAAAGGUCAAUAAAAAAAAUAAAAAAAUAAAUUUUAAAUUUUUAGGUAAUUUCAAUUCAUUCCGUAAAAAAAAUGAAGGGCAGUUAGGAAGAAUAACGGAUUUGAAUGCUCCCAUUUGACUUAGAAAAGACGUGAAGUUUCAGUUUUUAUGCCAACGAAGGAUCAUCUAACUAACAGCUGAACACAUUGAUCAGGUGCCUGUUAGCUUCACAACUCAGUUUGUACCCAAUUCUUUCAUGAUCAUCAUCAGACACCGCCGCCUCAUGAAGUUUUCUACCGUCGUCGAAGUAUCCGUCAAGAUUACCACUGGACAUUUCUGAUUCCUGAUCUGGCGCUGACAGAUGUCGCAACUGUUUACCCAGCUCUUUCAUAAUCAUCAUUGAAGAGGCCUUGGGAAUUCUCAUCCCUUCAACGAAGGACUCGUUAUAAAUUGCUUCUCUAUUAACGUUCGACUUCGCGGCCGCAGCUAGCAAUACCACUGGUUUUUGUACUGAUAAGACUUCCUUCUUGACUUUUUGAACACAGAAGAUCUUCUUAACCAUUUGGCGUCGUAAUUUUCUAUUCCUCCUUUUACUGGUGUAACUACUCAUGACAGCACCCAUUUUCAAAUCAAAACUUGUAACCCGUUGUUUUUUGGAUAAUGUACAGUUUAUGACUUAUACUGAGGAUUUAUUUAUAUGUUUUCUUAAGUCGUUGGUAAAAACAGAUUUCUAUCAGUUGCCUAGGUAACAUGACGUUAAUAAGGCUAACAAACAACUUAAUUUGUGCGUCGCUAAGGAGAAACAUAACAUGUUUGUCCGUUACCGUGACGAUAUACUCAGAUUAUUAAACAAGACGGGGUUGUGAUUGUCUAAGAUUAGUUGUUAUGGCAACUCACUACUACCUAAGAAUUAGAUUCAACCAAGCUUUUAACAUGUCGGCUCAUAGGGCUCACAAACAACCUAAAUUUGUGCGUCGCUAAGGAGAAACAUAACAUGUUUGUCCGUUACCGUGACAAAAUACUGACCUUGGAAAACAAGAUCGGAUUGUGAUUGUCUAGGAUUAGUUGCUAUGGCAACUCACUAACCCUAAGAAUUAGAGCCAACCAAGCUUCGCACAUGUCAGCCCAGAGUUUAAGUAAUUCUGAGAUUACACAGGUAGUCAAAGGCUGCCCAUGAUGUUGUCAGGCUGGAUAGCAAUGUAGUGGUAACUGCGAAAACUCUUUUCAGGUGACUUACAAUUCGUAACAAGCUGAAGGUGUGUUUAGAACACAACAUAAACCUUUUAUCCGUUACCUGGGUAACGCAGAGACGUUAAUCAUUAACGUAAGUCGGAGUUCAAAACAGCCUUAAUGGAUGUGUUGCUAUGAACAAAGAUAAAUGUUUGUUGCUCACCCAAGUAACACAGCGUCUUUAAAUAAAAAGUCUUUCAGUAAAGCUGUGAAGUACAAGAUAAGCUUCUAAAUAAUUUUACCAUAAAUAACAGGGGGCUAAAAUUGGCCUUACAAUACGCUUUUUUAUCCACUCAAGAAAACUUUUCUGCCCUAGUGCAAACAGAAAUAAAACUUACAAACAAAACAAAUUAAUUCUACAAGAGAUCGGAUUCCAACGGCAAACUUCACAAUAAUCAUUACUAUCGUUAGACACUUCUCGCAGAAAAUUAUAAUCAAUAAAGAUUUAACAAGCAGAAUGUCACUUAAGAAAAAAAGGUUGGAUGAUAAUAAUAAUAAUAAUAAUAAUAAUAAUAAUAAUAAUAAUAAUAAUAAUAAUAAUAAUAAUAAUAACAAUAAUAUUAAUACGGCACGGGCAUCUGCUUUCCUCUCGAUGGCAAGACGAGGCGCUGUGUCGAGACUUAUGCUUUACUUGGUUAAGAGAGUGGACGUCUUCACCUAACCAUACCAUUGCUGGUGUAAUGGAGCUCUGCGAGCAGCCAACACCGACCAGAGUGUAUACUUCAUAUAAGAGAGGAACCACCCAGGGGAUGUAACGUGUAGGAUGUGCGAAAGAGCUGCAGAGACCCUCCCAAAUGUUUUAUCGGCGUUUUGUUCCGCCGUAGCUCGAUCAAAAAAAUUGAACCGACACAAUGCCGCGUUGAAGAUACUUUUUUUCGAAAUGCGCAAAGACCAUAAAUUGGUGGAUUCCGUUCCCUUAUGGAACCUGCCAGUAACAUCUAAACCAAUGUACGAGUCACCUGAUGCGCAAGCCUAUUAGGAUGUGCCGGUUUACGUGUAACAUCUCUAGAUGUGACCACAUAACGCCUGUGUUGCGCUCUCUACACUGGUUACCUAUUGAAUAUCGCAUCAGUUUCAAAGUACUCUUCAUUACUUUUAAGGCCAUUUAUGCGGCGCUGCAUAGUGUAAAAUAAUUAUAAUUUACUUUUACCGGUAUCACUUGUAAUAAUAAUAAUAAUAAUAAUAAUAAUCGUCCGUUCACCCUGACGAUCAAACUCAACCUUUUGAAAAGACUCCUGGGUUCAAACCUUUCACAAUAAUAAUAAUAAUGUUAAUAAUGUUGAUAACAAUAUAAUAAUAAAAAAAAUCGUGAAAUUCCAAAAGAGAAGUUGUAAACGGGACUCUAGACCCGUGGAAGGCACCUUUACAUCUAUUUUCGGCAGUCGAAAAAAAGUCGAAACAUGUACAAGGAUAGGCUCUUGUUUAUUGGGCAUUAACAUUUCUCGGUAAUGUUUGAAGUUGACAGGGCCUGGUAUACAGCACACCCUCAGAAUAAACUAAGGACACAAAAAGACAACGUCUCGAAGUCUUAACCACAAAGGUCAAUAAACAAAUCAAAAUAAAUUUUACCUUUUUACAUAUGUUCAUAACUAAAAUUUUUCAAAUCAUUUCCUGAAAAAUUGAAGGGCAGUUAGAAAAAAUGAAGGAUUUGAAUAUGCUCAUUUGCCUUAAAUAUCAAAAUCACUCAGCAAAAGUGAAGUUUCAGUUUUUCUGUCAACGAAGGAUCAUCUAACUAACAGCUGAGCACAUCGAUCAGGUAGGUGCUUGUUAGCUUCACAACUCAGUUUUUACCCUAUUCUUUCAUGAUCAUUAUCGGACACUGGCGCCUCAUGAAGUUUUCUACCGUCGUGGAAGGAUUCGUCAAGAUUGCCACUGGACAUUUCUGAUUCCUGAUCUGGCGCUGACAGGUGUCGCAACUGUUUACCCAGCUCUUUCAUAAUCACCAUCGAAGAGGCCCUGGGAAUUCUCAUCCCUUCAACGAAGGACUCGUUAUAAAUUGCUUCUCUAUUAACGUUUGACUUUACAGCAGCAGCGAGCGCGCUUCUUAACUCAGCUUUCCUCAUCAUCUGCUUCAUCACUUCCAUCGAAGAUAACACGGAUAUUUCUGCCGAUGAAACUUCCUUCUUGACUUUUUGAACACAGAAGAUCUUCUUAACCAUUUGGCGUCGUAAUUUUCUAUUCCUCCUUUUACUGGUGUAGCUACUCAUGACAGCACCCAUUUUCAAAUCAAAACCUGCUACCCGCUGUUUUUCGGAUAAUGUACAGUUUAUGACUGAUAAUGAGGAUUUAUUUAUGUGUUUUGUUAAGUCGUCAGCAAAAACAGAUUUCUAUCAGUCACCUAGGUAACAUGACUUUAAUAAGGCUAACAAACAACUUAAUUUAUUCGUUGCCAAGAAGAGACAUAAAAUGUUUGUCCGUUACCGUGACGAUAUACUUAGAUUAUUAAACAAGACAGGGUGGUGAUUGUCUAGGAUUAGUUGCUAUGGCAACUCACUACUACCUAAGAAUUAGAUUCAACCAAGCUUCGAACAUGUCAGCCCAGAGUUUGAGUUAUUCUGAGAUUAAACAGGUAGCCAAAGGCUUCCAUGCUGUUGGGCUGAAUAGCAAUGAAGUGGUAACCGCAAAAACUCUUUUCAGGUGACUUACAGAUGGUAACAAGCUCAAUGUUUGUUUAGAACACAACAUAAACUUUUCAACCGUUACCUGGGUAACGCAGUGACGUUAAUCAUUAACGUAAUUCAGAUAAGAGUUCAAAACAGCCUUAAUGGAUGUGUUGCUACGAACUAAGAUAAAUGUUUGUUGCUCACCCAAGUAACACAGCGUUGUUGAAAGUCUUUCAGUAAAGCAGUUACAUAUAACAUAACCUUCCAAAUAAUUUUACUAUAAGUGACAAGAGGCUAAAAUUGGCCUUAAAAUACGAGUUUUUAUCUUCCCAAGAAAACGUUUCUGCCCUAGUGCAAACAAAAAUAAAACUUACAAACAGAGAAAAAUCGCGAUCGGACGUAUUCGAAUGGCAAAUUUCACAACAGUUAUUAUUAUUGUUAAACACUUUAUCGGGGGAAACUAUAAUCAAGAAAGAUUUAACAACCAAACAUGUCAUAAAAAAAAUAAAAGAACGUGAUAAUAAUGAUGAUGAUGAUGAUGAUAAUAAUAAUAAUAAUAAUAAUAAUAAUAAUAAUAAUAAUAAUAAUAAUAAUAAUGAUAAUACGGCACGGGCAUCUGCUUUCUUCUCGAUGGCAAGACGAGGCGCUGUGUCAAAACGGAUGCUUUGCUUGGUUAAGAGAGUGGACGUCUGUACCAUACCAUUGCUGGUGUAAUGGAGCUCUGCGAGCAGCCAACACCGACCAGAGUGUAUACUUCAUAUUAUAAAACCGGAACCACCCAGGGGAUGUAACGUGUAGGAUGUGCGAAACAGCUGCAGAGACCCUUCCACAUGUUUUAUCGCCGUGAUGUUCCGCCCUAGCUCAAUCAAAAAACUUGAACCGACACAAUGCCGCGUUGGAAAUACUUUUCUUCGAAAUACGUAAAGACCAUAAAUUGGUGGAUUCCGUUCCCUCAUGGAACUCACCAGUUACACCCUAAACCAAUCUACGAGUCACCUGAUGUGCAAGCCUCUUGGGAUGUGCCGGUUUACGCGGAUCAUACUUGUGUCAAAGCCAACAGAGUGGAUGCGCGGUUUGUGGAUCAUAUGGGAAAGAAAGUCUGGGCAGUUGAAAUGAGCUGUCCGUGGAUGGAGAAUCCCGGAAAGAAGGAUGAGGAGAAGACAAUAAAGUACGGUCCUCUGCGAUGAGAGCUGAGGAAGCAAUACCCGGGGUAUAACAUCGACCAGUGUAAUAUUGUCAUUGAAGUGCUAUAUACGAAGGUGGUCAAAGAAACUUGAGCUGACUAUGAAAAAGUUCGUUGGUGCAAGGGCAAAGGGUGUUUUGCCAAGAAUGCAGAAAGCCACAUAUCUCGUGCUUCCUCAAUGUAACACGUACUUUUGAGGCAACUGUUGUUUAAGGACGUAUUAGGGUAAUGUUUCGAUGGGAUCGCAGUAGUGACGUUUUAAGUGCUUUUAAAGGAUCAGGCAAGUUUUUUGUUAGUCGUCCUUUCUUCUUCUUCUUCUUUUUUCCUUUUUCUUUUUUUUUUGUUUUUGAUCACCUUAUGAUCGGUGAUACAAGAGUAAGCCAAGCCCUGUCACGGGUGCAAAUAAUGUCGGAACUUGGUUUGAUGGCAAUCUUAAUCUGAAGGGACAUAUCAAUAAGACCGGUAAAACUGCGUAUUUCCAUCUCCAUAACAUACAGCUAAUUAAGAGAUAUCUAUCUAACAAUACCGCUCAAACACCACUUCAUGGACUUGUUAUGGGACGAGUUGGUUAUUGCAAUAGCCUUCUCUUCGGUCUACCUACAGUGCAUUUAGGAAAACUACAACGUGUUCAGAAUUCAGCUGCUCGUAUAAUUUGUAACAUCUCUAGAUAUGACCACAUAACGCCUGUGUUGCGCUCUCUAUACUGGUUACCCAUUCAAUAUCGCAUCAGUUUCAAAGUACUCAUCAUUACUUUUAAGGCAAUUUAUUGCUCUGCAUAGUGUAAAAUAAUUAUAAUUUACUUUUACCGGUAUCAUUUGUAAUAAUAAUAAUAAUAAUAAUAAUAAUAAUAAUAAUAACAUCAUUAUAUGGUCCAGCCCCCUGUCUGAUUGUAACCGUGUGCAGGCAACUAAUCAGUAUGCACUCCCGGUCCUGCGGUACCUAAUGUGGACACAGCAUUGGCCUCUAUCAGAGUUAAGAGAUGUGGACAGAGCAGCUCGGAAGAUCAUAGUUGAGAACGGUGGCAAGCACCCAGCUAGCCUGACUUCUUUGUUAUAUCUACCGAGGGAGAAAGGGGGUAGAGGCCUGCGAUCAGUCGAACACGAGUACAAGAUCACUAAAAUCAAAUCGCUACUGAAAUUGUAUCAGAACCCGGACCAGACUGUGGAAGCAGUUAGAGAAUUUGAAGAACACGCCAUGGCAUCAGGCCACCAGUCGCUCGUAAAGGAAGCAGCUAAGUACGCUGAAGAACUCAACAUCACACUUCAGCUUGAUACCCUAAAUCCCGUGUGUGUUACAACAGAAGGAAAGGUGGUAACUGCAGCAAGAGCUGCGAAUCUGUUGAAGCAAUCUCAAGAGAAGCAGUUCUUGGAGAUCGCUAAAGACAAAAAGUGGCAAGGAAAGUUAUUCCGUAUCAGAUGGGAAGAUGAGAACCUAAGCAUAACCAGCUGCUUUGCAUGGUUAAAAGGUUGGGCUACAUGCCCUACACAUACCAUCGCGGGCAUGUAUGAAUUGUAUGAGCAGUUGUUACCUACGAAGCUCUACACAAAGGAGAAGACGCAAACCUCCACCGACGGCGAAGUUCUAUGCAGGUUAUGUGGGAAGGUAGCUGAGAGCGUUGCACAUGUUCUGGCUGCAUGUUCCUCCCUGGCACAAACCAAGUACCUAUACAGGCAUAAUCCAGCUUUGAAGAUUCUGUUUUUUGAGCUCCUGCGAGAGCAUGGGUUAAUGGAAGAGGUUCCACCAUGGUACUCACCGGUGAUGCCAAAACCAGCCUACCAGAACACCACGAGUGAGGCGUUUUGGGAUAUUCCCAUCUAUGUAGAGCACCACGAAGUUAGAGCAAAUCGGAUCGACGCGCGACUUGUCAACCACGAGAGGAAAGAAGUCUGCACAAUUGAAAUGAGCUGCCCAUGGAUUGAGAGUAGAGCUAAGAGAGAUGAGGAAAAGACACUCAAGUAUGGGCCCAUGAUGUGGGAGCUGAAGCAGAGAUACAAUGGUUACAGGGUUGAACAGUACAAUGUAAUAAUUGACGUACUUGGGGGUUACUCUAAACACCUAGAGAAGUCGGUGAGGAAGCUACUUGGAGCGAGAGCACGGAGCGUACUUGAGCGGAUGCAGAAGUCGGUCAUCUCAAACACUUUAAACAUUGCCAGAACAUUUAAGAUAAAUACUUAGUUAGGGCGCUAUGGACUUCAGUUUUUAGGUUUUUGUUUUUUCUCUAGAAAUCUAGAAACACAAGCUUGCUGACGUUUUUAUUUAGAUUUUUUAGAACAUUAGAGUUUGAUAUUAUUAUAAAUAAGUUUUUGUUGAGAUAGCGAAGGUUUUACAGAGUAUCAGAAUUUAAUAAUAUUCUAAAUUGGCUUUUUUAGUAGAGAGAUUUAUAUCACUAUGUAUAAGCUUUUAGUAGAGAUAGCGAAAGUUUUACAGAGUAUCAGAAUUUCAUAAUAUUCUAAAUUGGCUUUUUAAGUAGAGAGAUUCAUAUCACUAUGUAUUUUAGGAUUGUAUUAGGUUUCGUAUCGACCUUUUUUACUUCUAAGUAUAGCUUCUCAAGUGGUGUAGGUUACGCUAUGCGCCCUAUACUACUCAUAAUGUGGACAGCAUUCCAAAGUUUCAUACUGCGACAUAAUAAUAAUGAUGAUGUCAAUAAUAAUAUUAAUAAUAAAAAAAUCGUGAAAUUCCAAAAAAGAAAGUGCAAACGGGACUCUAGACCUGUGGAAGGCACCUUUACAUUUAUUUUCGGCGGUCGAAAAAAGUCGAAACAUGUACAAGGAUAGGGCUCUUGUUUGUUGGACAUUAACAGUUCCAGGUAAUGUUUGAAGUUGACAGGGCCUGGUAUACAGUACACCCUCAGAAUAAACUAAUGACACAAAAAGGCAACGUUUCGAAGUCUUAACCACAAAGGCCAACAAACAGAUAAAAAUAAAUUUUACCUUUUUAGAUAAUUUCAUGUUGAAAAUUUCAAAUCAUUUCCUGAAAAAUUGAAGGGCAAUUAGGAAAAAUGAAGGAUUUGAAUAUGCUCAUUUGCCUUAAAUAUCAAAAUCACUCAGCAAAGGUGAAGUUUCAGUUUUUCUGUCAACGAAGGAUCAUCUAACUAACAGCUGAGCCCAUCGAUCAGGUGCCUGUUAGUUUCACAACUCAGUUUUGUACCCUAUUCUUUCAUAAUCAGUAUCGGACACCGGCGCCUCAUAAAGUUUUCUACCGUCGUCGAAGGAUUCGUCAUGAUUCCCACCGGAAAUUUCUGAUUCCUGAUCUGGCGCUAACAGACGUCGUAACUGUUUACCCAGCUCUUUCAUAAUCACCAUAGAAGAGGCCUUGGGAAUUCUCAUCCCUUCAACGAAGGACGUGUUAUAAAUUGCUUCUCUAUUAACGUUUGAAUUUACAGUGGCAGCGAGCGCGCUUCCUAACUCAGCUUUCCUCAUCAUCUGCUUCAUCACUUCCAUCGAAGAUAACACGGACAUUUCUGCCGAUAAAACUUCUUUCUUGACUUUUUGAACACAGAAGAUCUUCUUAACCAUUUGGCGUCGUAAUUUUCUAUUCCUCCUUUUACUGGUGUAACUACUCAUGACAGCACCCAUUUUCAAAUCAAAACUUGUAACCCGUUGUUUUUGCCAAUGUAUAGUUUAUGACUUAUUGACUUAUACUGAGGAUUUAUUUAUAUGUUUUUUUAAGUCGUUGGUAAAAACAGAUUUCUAUCAGUUGCCUAGGUAACAUGACGUUAAUAAGGCUAACAAACAACUUAAUUUAUGCGUUGCUAAGAAGAAAAAUAACAUGUUUGUCUGUUACCGUGACGAUAUACUCAGAUUAUUAAACAAGACCGGGUUGUGAUGGUCUAAGAUUAGUAGUUAUGGCAACUCACUACUACCUUACAAUUAGAGUCAACCAAGCUUUUAACAUAUCAGUUCAGAGUUUUAGUUAUUCUGAGAUUAAACAGGUAGCCAAAAGCUGGAUAGUGGUAACUGCAAAAACUCUUUACAGGUGGCGAAGAGUUUGUAAAAAGCUCAAUGUGUGUCCAGAACAUACCAUAAACUUUUCAUCCGUUACCUAGGUAACGUGACGUUUAUUUUUGACAUAACUCACAGCUCAAAACAACCGUAAUGGAUGUGUUGCUAAGACCAAAGAAAAAUGUUUGUUGCCCACCCAGAUAAGAAAGCUUUGAAAGUCUUUAAAGCAAUGAAAUAGAACGUUGGUUUCUAAAAAAUAUUUUAACCGAAAAUAAUGAGGGGCUAAAAUUGGCUUCAAAAUACGAGUUAUCAUCACCCAAAGUUACAUUUCUGCCCAACUACAAUAAAAUAGAACUUACAAGCAAACCAAAGUGUACAAGAGAUCAGAAGGAGCUACCGCAAAUUUCACAAUAGGAGCCCGCAAUCCUAAUCUCCAGGUUUUCAUUACGCAUGCGUCGCAUAUAUGUAGCCAGCAUUCGUUCGGACUUCCACUAAGAAUGAAGUUCAAAACGCUUUUGCUCGAACACUGUGCUUUGCGUACGUUUCACGUGACGGAUGGUCAAAACAAGCGUGAUCAUAUCAAAGUUCGUUAUGUGCAUUCCAUCCAUUCUUACUGGAAGUCCAAACAAAUGCUGGCUACAUACAUGCGACACAUGCGCAUUAACAACCUGGAGAUUAGGAUUGCGGGCUCCUCCUGUCGCCCGCAAUUGUUAUUUAACAAUUCAUGGGGCAAAACUUAGCCUGCAGAGCAAGCGUUUUUUAACGAAAGGUCAGAAGUAAAUUGAUCGUGGCAGCCAUCUUGAAAGCAAAAAUAAAAAAAUAAACUGAGGAAGGGUGGGCGGGUGGGGAGGAGAACCUCUCCCUUGAAAGUAUUUGUUGACUCUACCAACUCUCUUUCAGUCUCAACGUCCAAGAUGACGGGAUAAAAUUGGUCCUCACGGGGGUGAGGGGGGAGUGGGCCGGGAAAUAUGUGGGGGCUAGCUAGAUUAUUUUGGGAUCGCGAGGGAGGGGUUAAGAAAUAUUUCCUUGGAUAUAUCACCCACCUUCACCGUUUCGUGAUAAGCGAAAGCCGCUAAUUUGACUUUACCAUCAAGAUGCGGCCUUUUCUUGACUUGCUUUCGCAUUUGACAUGAACUAUAAUAGCCCGCAAUUGUUAUUUAACAAUUCAUGGGGCAAAACUUAGCCUGCAGAGCAAGCGUUUUUUAACGAAAGCUCAGAGGUAAAUUGAUCGUGGCAGCCAUCUUGAAAGCAAAAAUAUAAAAAUAAACUGAGGGAGGAUGGGCGGGUGGGGAGGAGAACCUCUCCCUUGAAAGUAUUUGUUGACUUUAACAACUCUCUUUCAGUCUCAACGUCCAAGAUGACGGGAGAAAAUUGGUCCUCACGGGGGUGAGGGGGGAGUGGGCCAGGAAAUAUGUGGGGGCUAGCUAGAUUAUUUUGGGAUCGCGAGGGAGGGGUUAAGAAAUAUUUUCGUUUUGUAGAUAUUUCCUUGGAUAUAUCACCCACCUUCACCGUUUCGUGAUAAGCGAAAGCCGCUAAUUUGACUUUACCAUCAAGAUGCGGCCUUUUCUUGACUUGCUUUCGCAUUUGACAUGAACUAUAAUAACCACCUUUAUCACCUCAAUCUUUUCUCCAUUUCAUUAAACUGCAUUUAUGAAUGUGUUUCAGUGUUCUGCAACUUCGAUGCCCAAUCUUUAUGUCAGUUCACCCAGGGAAGUGACGACCAGUUUGACUGGACAUUGAACAAGGAUAGUACACAAAGCGUGAACACUGGACCAAGUAAAGAUAUCUCCUCAGCAGGUAAGCAGUUUGUGCUGGUCUCUUAUAAACUGCUUAGAGCUGUCGUAUGUGUUACGUUGCGGAGUCACAGCACUCAAAUUUGCUUCCUUUCGUCGUCCUUUGACGUGUUUUCCAAACAUUUUUGACAUUUUUCAAAGAGCCAGUUUCCUACGAACCAGGACGACGUUUGAAGAAUUUUAUUUCUAUAACAAUUUCGUUCCCAGGGUCCCUCUCCUUUAAGAGAGUCACCGGUAACAAAGUUGUCAUUGUUACUUUCUUUUUUUUUCAAUUGCACGUCUCCGCCUUAAAAGCAUCUGAAACAUCAUGCAUUUUGAUCGGUUCUGUAUUGCAUGGACUCCAUCAAAGAUUUUCAAAAGAUUCGAAAAACGUUGUUAAGCAAAAAAGCAGCAUUGUAAUUAAAAAUUACGAAUCUUUUUCUUUGCUGUUCUUAGGCUACUACGUCUACGCCGAAGCUUCAAAUCCUCGACAGACGGGUGACCGCGCCCAUUUAGUUUCCCCCAGUCUUACUGGCGAUUUUUGCGUUCAGUUCUACUACCACAUGUAUGGGUCCUCCAUGGGCACCUUGCGGGUUCUUAGGCUUAGGGGCUCACAGAGGACUAUAGUGGGAGCCUUUACUGGUGACCGUGGAAAUGUUUGGCACUUAGCAAACAUUGAUCUUCCAGCAGCUCAGAUCCAACAGGUAAAGUUUGGUAGUAGCCUUAAUGAUGAUAAAGGUGACAAUUGUUGUGAUCUGAUAAUGACGGUGAUCAUGUAAGAGUUGAAAGAGAGAGAAAAAAGGAAGAGCUACCGACACCACGAUCCUGUUAGGGGACUGAGCAUAACAAAACUGAGGGAGGUCAGGGAAAGUCGAUUUGUUGUACCAAAUGUAAUGAAGGAGCCUGGAUACUUGGAACAAUUCCAAGAGGAAUGAUCACGCAGAAAGCAUUGAAGGAUACUGAGACCGAGUCAGACCGAAAAAAUUUUGUUGAAUGCAAAUCACAGGUAACUCAGGCUCGCUGUUUGUGUCACGUACCGGUUUCAUAACAUGAGUAAAUAUAGAGAACAUAUGGGGCGAGGUUUAGGUCUGGAAAUUUGCUAGAAAGUGGAAAUAAAAACCGAGGAAACUUACCAUGUGGCGAUUUGCUGUUGUGCUUAAUAUGCACACGAAGUUUCGGGAAAAAUAGUCUCCUUCAUCUUUCCUACAUAGUGUGUAGGAACAAUGAAGGAGGCUACGAUGACUGAUGUCAAAGUCUCGCAAUGAUGGCGCGGCCAAGUUUGUCCGCCUAGAGGCGCUUGUGGCCUUUAAAUAGCGUCAUGUUUAGGUGUUAUGUGACCAUCUUGCCAUCGAGUGCGCUUAUUUUAGAAGGAACACCUCCCGCUGUAUGUAAUAAUAAACACUGGUUUUGUUUCAUUUCAGUAUCAAGUACUGUUUGAGGCUGAACGCAACGGAUGGGAGGGUGAUAUGGCUUUGGAUGAGAUCAGAUUAACACCUGGAAGAUGCAGACAAUUUGUGGUGACCACUACACUUCCCACACCCCCUCCUACUACUAAGCAACCUACUCCACCCGUCACACAAGGUAUGUUUUGCAGUGGGGAGGGGAGAGGGUUCAUCACGAGCCUUCACCUGUGGCUUGUGUGUCCAUUUGUCUUCGCUCCAAAGCGUAGCAGAGCAAAUUUAUUCUGAAGGGAUACAAUCUUCGUCUUGCUUGGGUAUAGCCCUCCGUUUUUGAAGUAAUAAGAGGAGAGUACGGUAUUAAUAAGAGAAAAGAGACAAAACUAAUCAUUCUUGUCUUCAAAUUCAGUACCCUUUACUCAAAAAGGUUUAAACCCAAGAUCUGAUUAGUAAUUCUCCUUUCUGCAGCUGGCUGCCAUGCAUUCACUCGUACAUUGGUUAAGAGAAUUUGCGGUUAUAUCUCUGGCUGAUACAUUCACGUACUGGAUAAUGAAUUGAUAUUAUAUGGAGAAAUUACAUGUCAAUCACUUCAGAUAGUCCAAAAGGAUCGUGCUUUUAUAGACAGUGUCAUUUUUCUCGCCGUCCAACAAACGUUUCCCUCCACGCAAAGGAAUCUAUUUAGCGCAUUUGUCGGUUAAACGAGUUACUUCCGACUUACCAGAAAUGACGUUUUGGAAUUUUUACUAAUUCGCCUUUAACUCUUGAUCUCCUAUAAUAUCUCACAUUUCAGCUCAAGUUUACUGCAACUUUGACAGUCGGACUUGGUGCGGGUUCACACAAGACACCCAGGAUGAGUUUGACUGGACCCUUCACAGGGGUCGCACGGGCAGUUAUCCAACCACGGGACCAACUAAUGACUUCUCAGGAAAUGGUAAGAUAGACUUUUAUAAAAGUUCAGAACUUUUUGGCAGGCCAAUUCCUCGCGACAACUUUCGUAAGCGACCAGCUUUAUUAACAACAAGAAUUUUGUUAAACCCCGUCACGUUUUAGCAUAGACUUAAGCUGCUCUGUGGGUCACGACCACUUUUGUGAAUUAAGGACUGGUCUUUUCCUUGGUUCUCAAGUUCUCGUAGACGACCGCUCAGGCAACACUACUUAAAUAAAAACAACUACUUUUUGGUCAAAUUUAGUAUUAUAAAUAACAUAAGCGCUAAUAAAUCGUCAAACAUGAUAAAAAAGAAACUAUUUAAUAAUAUUUUACCUUAAUGUAUUGAUAUAUGAUUAACAACAUCUGCUAAGAAUUUUGCUUAAAGCCCUCGUAAGCAAGCACCUUCAAUAAGUUUAUUUCAAAGUCGUUUACAGGUAAAAGAACCCAUUCUCGAACACAGCUUAAAACGUUGCGACCACUUCUAUAAAUUUCCAAAUUCAAGUGGUCGAUUGUGAGAGCUAGUUGACUGUACUUUACCUCGGAAUUAACCCACCUGGAAAUUGCGUCGUUAAUGCCUGAAUUUAAUUUGAAUAGGGACUAUAAUAAUUUUGUUGUAGGUUACUAUAUCUAUGCAGAAGCAUCGUCACCCCGGCAACCUGAUGACCGUGCGCGCCUUGUGUCGCCAAUCUUGACUGGCUCACAUUGCGUCGUUUUUCGGUACCACAUGAAUGGUGCCGAUAUGGGGAGUUUGCGGGUGUACGGCAAAGUCGGCUCAUUUGAGCAACAAGUUUGGGAACGCAGUGGAGACCAGGCAGAUACAUGGAAUGGUGUAGAGUUCAGGAUAGACACCACUGCACAAUAUCAGGUGGGUAAGCCGGACAAAUUACUGCAUAGUUCAGUGAGCGUGAUCACCCGGGUGACCGCAGCCCUGAAUAAGGGUUGAUUUCAGUGUUGCGUAAUUUUUAUGUGCGUACGUGCGUAAAAUUCACGUUCGCAAAUAAACUAGAGGCAAUGCAUGAAAGGGCGUCGUAAGCGUAAAUGUUGAACCUCGCUUCACUUCUCGCUUAAGCUCAGCACUUUUUAUCUUAGCUCUAUCUUAUUUACGUGAUUGAAAUUUACGUGCGUAGCCAAAAACGUGUCAGUGGAAAUCAACCUUUAGACUACUGUUGACAGUGACUCAUGUUUCAACAAGCCGUGCGGUAGCAGCGGAGCCCGUAAUCUGGAGAGUGCAACUCUUUUACGUAUCCCAGGCAACCAUGUUUUCACAGAUCACUUUAUUUUUAGCAUCAUUUUGGAGCACGUUUCCCCGUGAAGCUAUACGAAGCGAACUCGAAGCACUUGUCUUUAAUGCCAUGAUUAUUUGCGAUCUUUAAUUCAGAUCGUUUUUGAGGCUGUUCGUGGUAGUGGAUAUAUGAGCGAUAUCGCACUGGACGAAAUCAAAAUGAUCCAAGGCUAUUGUAAGUCAGCCCAGCCAGUUGCACCCACCACCCUCCUUCCCAGUCCUCCAUCCACAAGAAAAGUCGCGGCUACAACCAACGGUAUGUGCAGUGCUUGAUGUUGCCAAUCUCGUCCCCAAGGCUUCCCGCCAAUUUCUAGGGGAAACUCGCUGCGGAAGAGGUUUUGAUGUUGCCUAUUGCAGUAGUGUACUAUAUUCUUUGAGCGCUACAUGUACUCCAAAGAUGUUAGUCCCGGCUCAAUACGGGCAUUGAGCCAUGCGUGUUAGGGUAGAAUUCUGAGAAGCAAAAUGGCCUUGAGAAACCUACAUAAGACAGGCGAAAUAGCGGCAAGCAACAGAAACUGAAACUGAAGGACCAGGCCCCCUCCUUAUCUCAGGGUGUGGAUGACCCCCGCCCCCCCCCCCCCCCCCCCCCCCCCCCCCCCCCCCGCGCUGCCCCCCAACCCACCGACACCCCCCACAGCGACACGGCCCCCCCCCCCACAGCACCCCAAAACGAGCCGGCAAAUCCCAUGGGAGACAAACAAUUGUCUCCACCCACCGCACCCCCCCGCCACCCCCCCCGAACAAAGGAAGGGGAAAAAGAGGGAAGCAAAGGAAACAUGAACGGAAGGGCCCGGCCCCCCCCUUUUCCCAGGGUGGGGAUACCCCCCCCCCCCCCCCCCCCCCUCCCUCUAUCUGAAGGUCUGGAUUCGCACAACAUGAUAGUAUAAUACCGACAGGGACAUGGCUUCCUCCUCAAUACCGGAAACGACAGGUUUAGAAAUUCAGACUGGGAUCAUAAGUCUGCCCCCAAUCCCCAACCCCCCUAGGGGGCUCCUGCCAUGUUCUCACCAUAGUCAAUAUCCUGUAAAAGGCUCUUACUCCCAAAGGUCAAGUACGUACGUUCGAGCGCCAUGAGAAAGGCUUAUGAGGAAGAGGAACUUUAAAAUUGAGAGAGCGAUAGCGUAUUUCAGUGAUGAUCACAACUAGAGGGUCUCAAUGGGGCUAUUAAACCAUCAGCCGUCAAAAUGAAAGGUAUUUCAAAUCUCACUAUUUCAGGUGCAUUUCACGAAUUUCUGGCUCGAGAAGAAUCUCUUCGAGUUAGAAAAACCAGUUUCCUUUUCCUCAAAAACACUCUUCUUUCUGGACAUUUAAUAUAAGACCUUACAAAUUGCUUUUAUCUGAAAGCAUUUCGAAAUUAUAUAUGUGAAAGGCUAAGGUAACCUCCAAAACAACGGUUCGUAUUAGUUAAACUGAAGACAAUAUUUACUUAAACUCUUCGAUUAAAUUUCCACUAAACAACCGUCAACCGUAAAAAGCUCUAAAAUUUAACCGUCAAACCGUCAAAGCUACCACCCCGUUAAGACCCUCUAAGGGACCGGUCAUUAUUUAUCGCCUGGGGGGCUGCGGAGGAUUUUAGGGGGGAUCACUUGAUUUUUGAGAGAACAAAAGGGGGGAUCAGUCGUAACUGAGAACCUAAAAGGGGGGGAUCGCUGAAAACUUUGGAAGGAUUCAGAGGGAGGAUCACUCAAAUUUGUUUGGAAAAUGAAGACGUGGGGGGGAUCGCAAAAGUCAUCAAAAGUUAUUAAGGGGGAUCACUUCAAUGAAGUAAUAUUCAAAGGGGGGAACGGCUAAAUUCCCCCCCAGCCACCCCCAAAUAAUGACCACCCCUAACUAGAACAAAAUUCUCUAAUCUAAUUGGCUAUCAGCAGCCAUAAACUUUAGACUAUGAGAUCUCUUAUGCGUAAUUACAUUUUGUAGGUUUGAACUGUCCACCGGGGUGGAGUCGGUAUAACAGUUCGUGCUAUAGGGCUUUUAACAGCAAGAGUCUGUGGCUUGUCGCAAAAUUCCGCUGCCGACAAAAUGGUGGAUAUCUAGUUGCCAUCAACAACGAUAAGGAGCAUGAAUUCGUCAGAAACCUGGCUGCAACACUCUAUGGGGACUACGCGAUUUGGAUCGGUCUUCGUCGAGAUUCCACUGGCAAGUUUUCGCAAUGGGCCAAUGGCGAACCCUUAACGUUUACUAAAUGGUCCAGAAAUGAACCCGAUAAUUUCUUUGGGGACGAAGACUGUGCCGAAAUGUUCAUGUACAGUGGCAGGUGGUUGGAUACGACUUGCGUUGGGCGUCGUGCUUCAAAACAUCCCUUUAUUUGCGAGAUGAGUGAGUUUUGUAUACAACGAUAGUUGCUGUUUACAAAUUCUUUAUUUUUGUUGUAAGAGGCUCCUUAGUCGGCGUCAGAAUCCGGGAUGGGAACUGACGUUUCGACCGCGUACUACAAGUCUUCAUCGGGCUAUAAUCAUGGUGGGUUUAGUGAGUAGGACUAUUAGUUACCAUUAGUACCACCGUGGUUGUCUCGAUCAAUAACUAUUUUACAAAAAAAAAAAACGAUAAACGAAACCCUUCUUACACAUUACCAUGAUGGAUAAAUAUUUUUCAUGAUAGGGAGCUCUCUCGCGCGCGCAACGCAGCACCAUGGGUAAGAAAAUUUGGUUUCGCAACCACUUUCCCAGGGCUCUCUCUCUCUUGCUUCGAAGCAACCAAAUUUUAACAGAGAAAGAGCUAGAGCGAGAGAUCAAAAACAAAGAAGACCAUUUUUUUGGAAGAAAAACAUGGAAAUUUUAUAGCGGCGGUGAAAAAAUGAGAGAUGCUAGCGACCACCAAGGUGAGAAUAAGCGACAGUGAAAAAAUAAGUGAACAGGAAAAAACCGAACACAUACGAAAUUUCCUCCAUAAAACGUAUAGCUAGGACGUUUCUGGACGUUUCACGUUGUAGUCGUGCAAAACAUCGAAAGAAAUGUACAAAGAAGUGUGCUGCACGUGCAAAGUUGUUUUUUUGCUAAUUAGACCUAUCAUAGGUCCCCGCCGCCCGUAGGAGUGCCCAUUUUUUUCUGAUCGACUUUUUGUUUUCUUGGCGCAGCUCCAGGAAGAAGCUUGCCUCCAACGACCAUUCCUCAGGCAUCCUGUGGAGUACGACCCUUAGCGACAACGGUCAAGACGCCUUCUUCGGGUUUCUUAAGUAUCGGUAAGAUCGUAGGGGGCAAGAUAUCAAGCCCAGGGGCGUGGCCUUGGCAGGCUGCUAUCAUGUGCAAGACGUGUCAGGAUCAAAGUUGUGGAGGCACCUUGAUUUCCCCAUACCAUGUAGUCACUGCUGCUCAUUGUGUUCCUACCAGCAUUGACGCGUUUAUCGAGAAUUACAAAGUAUGUAAGAAUUGUCAUUCUUCCUUAUCGUUCUAGCUUAAGUAGCUGGCGGGGUUGUUAUUCACGGGGGUACGGCGGAACCACCACGUGAAGCCGGGAGGGAAACGAUAAAAUGACCUGUUCCCAAUAUUCACGGGGAUCCGCUGCCAAAACAGUACAGCACUGGCCAGCGUAUCUGCACUCGACCGCUAAUCCUGUUAGCCGCGCAGAUUGUUAUCGUACUAACCAAAACAUGGCAACCUGCGGUCUCUCCUUACACCAAGGCAACAGUUAUAGCCGCAAAAUACCUUAACCAGAUUUUAUCUUCAAUUAGGAACUCUAAAUACGCACGGCAUUUAUAAAUUUUUUGUCCAAAAGAGAACUGCAAGGACUGAUCAAACAACGUGAAUAGACGGUAGUUACAAUAUUUCGAUGUUAGUCUUCAUCAGGUUUAUUAGGAAGAUCACGAAUUUACAGAAAUAAAUGUAGUGCUACAAUUGACGCAAGUGACGUAGUAUGGCGUUUCUACUUAAAAAAAAAAAAAGAAAGAUAAGGUAACAGAAAAACAAAUUAAGAUAUGUUCAAGGGCCCUACGUUUAAGGAUGAAGUGUGCUUCACGUGCCUUCCUGAGAGAUUAACGUCCAUUCUUUAAGUUUUUCAAUACGAAUAAGCAGCAUAUGGGAAUUGAUCAACCCCCGUUAAUUAUCGAGACUUUCAAGAAACGGGCCUAAGAAUCUUUAUUCUUCAUCUAGGAGCUUAACACUGUGGGAUGGAAUCUUGGACCCCUGCGUAAAAGCUAUGUUUAAAUUCUUACGGUGAUAUCUGUAACCGGCAGGUCCGCCUUGGCGAACACAAUUUUAAACAGACUGAAGGGUACGAACAAGACAUCAACAUCACUUCGGUCACUAAACAUGGAUCAUACGUUGCAGCCAGUUACGAUCGCGACAUCGCUGUCAUAAAGCUGGCCUCUCCUGCCAGAUUCAAUGACCGUGUGGCACCCGUCUGCCUACAAAGCAAUACUGCUGAGUUUCCUCCAGGUAUGUUCACACAACCUGUACUUUGACUUCAAGCCGGGGAUGUUUCAGGGGCAGCCAACGACUGUUUUCUCUCAAAAAUGUCUGUUCGGAGAAGCAAAUAUUCCGUAGAAUUUUUUAUACUUGAGGACAAGUAAUAGACCGUUUUCUGCACCUUAUCACCAUCCCCUUCGUGCGCGUCUCGCGCUCCUCUCUCGCUUCCGCUUGCCUUCGCUCGCCUCAAAAACACGAAAACAAAAAAAAAAACGCCCGUUCUGUUAAUGGAGCAGACAGGGGAAGAACAUCAUGCAACAAGUCGUGUAAGAGAAAACGUUGUCUCCAGCUAAAAUUCUUUUUCAAGGAAGAGUAAUUGGGGUUUCUAUGCCAAUGAAAUUUCUUUUGUAUGGAGCCACGAGGUAGAGAAGGAAACCUUUCCUCAAUAAUGGAACAGUGACGUGCCUUGAAAGCAGACGAAUAAGUACAACAGUGGGUCGCACCAAAGAUGUCUCAAUUUUAUUAUCGCUUAUAUGCCUCUCUCUUUACGGGCCCGUAGCCCUCAUUUGAAACCAAAUGCCUUUCUGGAGUUUUGUUUUCUUUUUUGAGGCUGGAGUAAGGAUAGCAAUGAGUGAAAAGGAUAGCAAUGAUUCCUUAAAUUACGACAUUACUGCACAGGAUUACCAACGAGCAAUUAUAUUUUCAAUUGCAGGGACGGAAUGCGUCAUCACAGGCUGGGGCCGCACCAGUCAGGGGGGCAAAUUAUCGUCUGUUCUGAAAGAGGCCAAGGUGCCGAUAGUAUCGGAAGGAGAAUGUAGAAGUAACUACGGAAGAGAUGGCCUUAUAACGUCCAACAUGCUCUGCGCUGGCUUCAGUAGUCAGGGAACGGAUGCCUGUCAGGGCGAUAGUGGAGGUAAACAAUUGAACUGCCCACCUACCUCUCCCCUAAGCCAACAUCUUGCCCUAAGUGAGAAGUAAGUGAUAAUGUUGGCUUAGGGGAGGGGUAGGUGGGCAGUUUCCCUGAAACCUAAAUUGAUCCAAACAAUUCACAGAAAAUAAGCCCUAACCUUUAAUUUUUGAAGGCACGUUGCAUUCGCUCACUUCUCUAAUCCUUCUUUCUUUUAAGGGAGUUUGACGGUCCAGAAAAUUCUUCUUAAAGUCUACUCAAAACCUCAUCAUUACUGGUUGCAUUCCUUUUGACCAAUCGAAAUCUGGAUUUUACGUAGCCUGAAUUUCAUCCGAUUGCUUCGGGUCGUUUUCUUUGUAAUAACGACUCGAAGUAAUCGGAUGAAAUUCAGGCUAGAUUUUGCGAUCCAGAAUUUGAUUUUUCGUUACAUUAAGGACUAAACCAAUCUAAGAUUGUAAUCUGAACGAUCCACCUCCGCUCUUGGAUCGUUCAGAUUGGUAUCUCAAUCUUGUUUCAGAUUUUUAUUCCAUUUAACGAAUUAAGCGAAACUGCAUUUCGAUUGCAAGAUCGUGCUCGUUCAUCUAUAAACACGGCGGUUCAAUGUUAGUUCGGGCCAGAGUUAUUUACACUCCUCCUUUGUUCUAUGCCGCUAAAGGAUUGUAGUGCAACUUUAUUAAGCUCAAGUUCCCCCAAAACUCUAAAUGGAGGAAGCGAAAACGCUUGCAUUUUCUCACCUUAAAACUAUAAUGUCCAAUGCGUUUGUGUGAUAAUUUUAAGUUGACGAGUCCCAGGAUGAACCACCACUAGUUAAAUAGCUACUUUCCUUUUCAUUUCUGCACGAGAAGACGCCUAAUUUAGCGGAAAGAAAUAACAAAUGAUGUAUUGAAAUUGAGAAGACGAUCAGAGCAGCCGGCAGCUACCGUAUGGAUCAAUCUUAUUUCAGAUGUUUGUUCCGGCUAGCAGGAAAAUCCAAACAAUCUGGAUUGUCUAAACCCGAAAAAUGUUUCGCUAAAAGAAAUGCGACCAUAGAGUGGAUUUCAAUUACAGGCAAUUGUGUUUUGAAUACGUUGAUUCAUCUAGCUCUGUUAACCUCCUAAUAAGCGUUAAUAAGCAAAUAUAUCACGUUGUUUUCUGUUGGGAAUUGUUACUACAUAGAAUUAAACAUAACAUGCACUUUCCGCAGUUUUUGCCACGAAAGCAUGCGUAGCAGGCGCUUGGAAGUAGGGGGUACAAGAAAAAACGGGCGCGCGAGAAGGAGACACGGGUGCGCCCGUUCUCUCUUUCACCCACUACUUCCAAGCGCCUGCUUCGCAGGCUAUUGCCACCACGGCACUCGAAACAUACAUUUGAGUUCCUCGUACAGUUUUCCUUGAGCUUACAAUUUUCUUCCCCUUUUGUUUUUGCUUUUUCCCAGGUCCUCUUGUAUGUGAGAAGGACAACCGCUGGUAUCUGGUGGGCGCAACUAGCUGGGGAUGGGGCUGCGCUGGGCAGUACUACGGCGUUUACACCAAUAUUGCUAAAUUAUACAACUGGAUUAAAGCAAACACAUUGUAG